AUGCCUGCGUAUUCUUCGCUCCGCUAUCCAAAGAAGACGUUGAUGAAGGCCUCGUCUUUCGAUGUCCUUCGCCAAAUGACUUCCAACGAAGAAAUUGCCGCUAAAGGCUUGGAUACCUUUUCGAGCCACGAUAAAACUGCCCCCAGGCGACCAGCUUCGUCCAACAACCUGGCUUUGCAAACCCAAAGAUAUCUUGAGCGUGAAAGCUCGCUUGCAUUCCAGAUUGGUGAUGCCAGCGGAGACGACGUGUUUAUUGAUCAGCCAGCGCCUGAGCUAGGAUACGGAGAAUCUACUCCAAAGGAGUAUGGAAGCGGUGCUGAAGACAGGUCCAUUGAAAGCGGCAAACAGUCCACACAAAGAGACACCAGCUGGGCUCUGGUUCCCCGUGAGCCGCUUCAAACCGACGCACAGAACAUUUAUCCAUCGUCGGCCUGCGUAUUUGUCGCCAAUCUGAGUCAAAAUUUUGACGAUGGAAAACUGGAGGUCGAAGUCACAAAGUACUUCUCGCAAUUUGGAACCGUCUUCGUCAAAAUCCGACGGGACGGCCGCCAGAUGCCCUUUGCUUUUUGUCAAUUUACGAGCGAUGCGGAUGCUGAAAAUGCUGAAAAAUACGGAAGCGGAGCAAUGAUCCUAGGCCGCCCAUGUCGUGUUGAAAAGGCCACAGCCCACUCAUGCUUUGUUGUCUACAAACUCUCUGGGGAGGAUAUCAGUAGACAAGAAGCUUACGACUUGCUCAGUGAAUUGGGAACAAUAGCCAAGGUGUAUCCUCUGGGCUCUCGUAGCCAGAAGACGGAGAAGCUUCCGCCUGCCAUGGUGGUUCAUUACAAGCGCUAUGAUUCCUUGCGAUCAGUAGUAAAGACUUUGGAAGGACAUCCCGUCUUUUGCGUCGAUGCGUACGACCCUAAAACUGGAACUCGCCAACAUAAUAAAAGAGGCGAUGAGCAAAAUUUUGCUCAGUACGAGAAAGAUCGCCGCUCGGCAUAUUUUGGCAACCUGCCCUUGACUAUGACUUCAGAUGGUUUGAAGUCGCUCGCUAGCUCAUGUGGUAAAGUGAUUUGCGCUGAAUUAGCGACAAAAGAAGUUCCUCAAACAGGAGGCAAAACUAUCACGACGUGCUUUGGUUUUGUAGAGUUUACGCGUCCUGAUUCGGUCGACAACGCUAUUAUGAGCUAUCACCGAAAACCGAUUGAUGAGCACGUUGUUAAGGUUGAGAGAAAACGCACUCGGACAAUCAACGGGUUCUCCUAUGCUGCCAAUAAUGCUCAGCGAGGAUACUCGGUUACCAUACCGUCCACCUGGCACGGCAGUAGAAGAGGCAAUCGCAGCAGCAAUGCCAACCGAAUCAUGAAUGCUGAUGUUUUCAAACCUCCUGUCUCACCGAUUUCAGCACAAGAUUUCCCCACAUCUACAUUCGAGCAACAACAGGAUGCUAUGGCGCCUCUUAACGCGGUGCAUAUUGAAGCUCAUCAAGCCUCUCAAACGAGUGCUAAAGAAUCUUUACAGCCCACCGCUACAAGCACCGCCGCCAGUGAGGAAAUCCCAGCAAUUCUAGCCGAGUUUCUAGCGAGGUCCUCCUCUCAUGGGUUGGAUUGUCAGAUACCAGCUUCUGGCCAUGGUAAAGUUAUUGAAUCUGACAGAGCAGCGAAGAGCAACAACAUGAAGGGUGUUGCAAUGGAAAGAGAGAGCUUUACUUCUGGUACUAUGGGUAAAUACAGUCCAGAAGGAUUGAAGCCCACCUCCACAAUAGUACUCACCCCCAAGAAGUCGGAACAAUAUGUGGACGACGGCUAUCAGGGCAAAGAAAAAGAGCCUUCUUUUGAUCGCAAGCAUGGCCACUCAGUCAGCGAGGAGACUAAAGUCAAGAGGGAUAUGGAAACCCCUACCAUAUCUCCAUCAUGCCCUGAUGCCAAAACUCCUCAUGAGCAGGGUAUUGAGCCAACGACGUCUUGCUUCUAUCCCAUUAUUCCGCCUUACCCUUACUCUCCUUAUGGGUUCCAUCCAAUCCCACCAUUCAUGGCAAACCACAUGACGCCACAGGGCGGCCCUGCCCUCUACAACUCCUUUGGGCAUGCAUACUAUUCUCCAGCGCCCUAUUCUGACAUGUAUACCAUGUAUCCGAUGAUGCAACAUUUCCCAACCGCUCCGUUGGAGACACCCACCCGUCUUCGUGUAUCGCCUCAGAUCAUCAAUAAUGGGCAGAAUGAAUCUCAGAAGGAGUUGUACGGCAUGUCGCCAAAGCCAAAAGACAAGGAUGAAGCACGUUAA